GUUUACUUCCUGUUUGGGUGUACUGCUGGUUCCUGUCGACGACUGCAGACUUUGCUGCAAACUAUCAAGCAAGCUCCUCGUCCAGCAAGUUAAUAGCAUUAUUUAUGCCAAGUUUAAAAUGUCAAACAGAUUAGUUUUUUUUGUGAAGGAACGAAUUAACGUAUCUUUUUUGCUGCAUCACCAACGUAGAGUUAACGUAGGAAUGUAGCAGACUUCGGGUAAAACUAGCUUAAUUUUAAAAGGAGGAAAGUCCAUUUAAUAGAUCAUAAAUUUGGCUUUUAUAUGUCACCAAGGCAACAAUGAACAUCCUACCAAAGAAGAGCUGGCAUGUCCGCAACAAGGACAACAUCGCACGUGUACGAAAGGACGAAGCCCAGGCAGCAGAAGAAGAACGUGAAGCCAAACGUCGCGUGGAGCGUGCAGAACAAGAGGCACGUACUGAGUAUCUGAGAAGAAAAGCCCGAGCUGCCCUCCAGUCAGCAGGAGGAGGAGAUGAUGAUGAUGAUGAAAAAAGGGGAGGAAGCCUGGAGCAUCUCAAUCUUUUUCCUCUGGAGGAGUCUUCAGAGAAGAAAGGAAAUGAGGAGUAUCUCAGGGAGAAGAAAGAAGAAAAGGAGAAACAGGAACGAGCCAUCGGCUUACUCGUGUCUUUAGGACCCCAGCCAGGGUCUGAAGUGACGCCAUGGUACCUGAAGGGCAUUAAAGAAAAAGAAGAGAGGAAAAACACAGAAAAGAAGAAGAGCAUAAGUGAAGAGGAGAGAGAGAAGAAGGACCGUAGACUAAAGGACAGCUUAGAUCCUUUAAAAGAUAUGAAGAAAGUGCUUGGUGUGAAUGACAGAAAGCACAAAAGCAAGAAAAAAGACAAAAGAGACAAAGGUGAAAAAAGGAGCAGUGGAGAGAGCUCCAUAGAAAGUUUACGUGCAGAGCGUUUACAGAGGGAGGCUGAAGAAAGGAGGAGAGCCCAGGCUCUUCUCGACCAGAGGAGUGGCAAAAGGAAGGACCCGGGGAGGGAGAUGAAUGAGAGGGAGAGGCCUUACAACAGCGCCUACUUCCCAGAACUCGCCAGAAAGCGACAAAGGCGGGAUCAGGAGAGCUGGAGAGAUGAGAUUCUGAAAUCUUGAGCUAUUCCUGUUAUUUAAAGACUGAUUUAUAGUGGAUGGUUUACUGGCAGAUUUUGUAUAUAGUGUAUGUUUCCAUAUGAAGCUGAAUUUGGUCAUUCUGAAAACCGUAUCACCAUGAUCGUACCACUUUACGUAUUUUGUUAUUUUCAUGGUUAAGGCUUGUGUUCAGUUGCAGCUCGCUUUGCCCCUGCAGCGUUUCGCUCAUGAGCGCAUCAGCAGGGCAGAUGGUUGACAUCACAGGGGGCGUUAGGCUCAGGCUGGCAGCAAGAAAACACUGUGAACAACUGUUUACAUGGCUUAUAUUAUUUUAAAAAAAAUAUAGAGAUGUCGUUGGUGUGAUAAUAUUACACUGUGCUGAAAGAAAAAAAGGCAAUUUAACCAUAAUUUGAAAAGUACAAAUUGAUAUGCUGUUGUUGGAUAAGAAGCUGAUGGUUAAGUGACUUUCUACGCGCUAAAAAGUCUCUGGUUCCUGCUGCUGAGAUGUGUAAAAUUUAUGUUAUAUUUGUGUCAUAUAUGAAUAAAUAUCUUUUGUUUGGGA